AGCCGUUGCUGGUGCGCGCUCUUUCCUGACAGCAAUAUGAUGUUCAAGUUUCUUGUUACAGUGUUGCGGUAGCAGCAUUGAGCAACGGUGGUAGGUAGGCGGCAGCGGCACUCCUACCUAACCCUCCCCCCUUCUAAAGCGGAACCAAGGAGCGACGAUUGUUUGACUUCUCCCCACCAGAAUCUGCACAGGCAGCAAACCAGUAGGCAACUCUCCAGCAAUGGCUGCCGCUGCAUCGUCGCCCUCCCCUCCGGCGGUCAUCACCUGCCGAGCGGCGGUGGCAUGGGGGCCGGGGCAGGCGCUGGUGAUGGAGGACGUGGAGGUCGCCCCGCCGGGGCCACUGGAGAUCCGCGUCAAGGUCGUCUCCACCUCCAUCUGCCGCAGCGACGUCACCCAGUGGCAGUCCACGGCGCAGCCCGAUCUGUUCCCCAGAAUUUUCGGGCACGAAGCAUCCGGGUCCGUAUCACAAUCUCUCUCUCCUUUUGCUUUCACCGCUCACACAAUUCACAAUGCUGACAGCCUAACACCUGAAGUCCGCAGGGUGGUCGAGAGCGUCGGGGAAGGAGUGACCGAGUUCCAAGUGGGAGACCACGCGCUCACCGUCUUCAUCGGGGAGUGCAUGAGCUGCAAGCACUGCGUGUCGGGGAAAAGCAACAUGUGCCAGACGCUCGGUCUGGAGAGGAAGGGCGUCAUGCACAGCGACCAGACCACCCGCUUCUCCAUCGGCGGGAAGCCCGUGUACCAUUACUGCGCCGUGUCGAGCUUCAGCGAGUACGCGGUUGUCCACUCGGGCUGCGCGGUCAAGGUCAGCCCCACCAUGCCCAUGGACAGGAUAUGCCUGCUCAGCUGCGGCGCGUCCGCAGGCCUUGGUGCGGCUUGGAAUGUUGCUGAUGUAUCCAAGGGGUCAAGUGUAGUUAUAUUUGGUCUGGGAACUGUAGGACUUUCGGUAGCUCAAGGUGCUAAGCUACGGGGAGCUUCCAAGAUUAUUGGAGUAGAUACCAAUCCUGCUAAGCAAGAAAAGGGGAAGGCUUUUGGUGUUACAGAUUUUAUUAAUCCUGCCGAAUUGAAUGAACCUGUUCAGCAGGUAGUAAAACGGCUUACUGAUGGAGGGGCUGAUUACUCUUUUGAAUGUGUGGGUGAUACCGGAGUAGUCUCGACUGCAUUGCAAUCAUGUUCUGAUGGAUGGGGACUGACUGUAACUCUUGGUGUACCAAAAGCAAAACCAGAAGUUUCUGCUCAUUAUGGAUUGCUUCUCUCUGGAAGAACACUGAAGGGGUCUUUGUUUGGAGGAUGGAGACCCAAAACUGAUAUACCUUUGUUAGUGGAGAAGUACGCAAACAAGGAAAUCCAAGUUGAUGGCCUUGUCACACAUGAUAUGCCAUUCAGUGACAUCAACAAAGCGCUUGAACUGAUGCUACAAAACAGGUGUUUGCGAUGCGUGAUUCACAUGCCAAAGUGACAGGAUUGAUUUAUACAUCAGUGCCAUCAUACCUGUACAAUUUUAGUGGUUUUCUCAUCAGUAAUUUUUCACUUGAUCUGCUCCUGGCUCGAGUUUUCAUGACACCAACAUAUUGAAGCUCCAGUGUGAUUCUCUAUUGGUGUCUCACCUUAGAGUUAUGGUGUUAUAGUUGUUGAGGAGAUUACAAAUCAUACUGAUAUUCCCUUGGAAUUCCUCAUAUGUCCGACCUCAAGAAUUAUUCGUGUAAUCUAACUUGUUAAAAAUUGAUCUGUUAGUGAUUAUAAUGGUGUAUGCAUGUUCGGUGCAUUGUGCAAUAUUGUUCUAA